UGUGCGACUGGCAUGUUUGGUUGCGGCACUGUGAUGUGCCGUGCUUAGUCUACGUGCUGCCCUACACCGUGAUUGCCGCAUCACGCGCGCAAUCCGCUCGUAUUUAAAGCGCUGUGUGCGAAAACUCCACUGCGUUGUGUGGACAACACGGCAGAAACAAUAAAAAAAAAAACGAACCAGCCAAACAUACGCCACUCGCACAACUUGUCGCUGAGCUGCUCUGCGUCGACGAAACAUAUUUUACAUAGGUUUACAACCCAGGUUUGGGGCCGGUACUGCUAACUGUCAAACGUGUGUUGUUUUUAUUUGUGUGUAUAGUCAGCCAAAAGGACCAAAGUAGGGAUCAAACGAUAACACCAGCGCAACAAUCAACUUAGCCAAGCUCUGCAAUCCACUGGAAACAGUUCAAUCUUUGGUACUCACACACGCUGUCACUUGGCGUGUGCCGCUCGUCCGGAAGGAACUUUCGAAACGGCCCGGUCCUGUUCCCGGAUGCGUGCCAAAAUAACGCAGGAAACUCCCAGCACGGUAUUGUUCAUCGAUUGUGAAGGAUCGUGGUCGUGUUCGAAAACUGAGCAGGCGCAGUGUUCCCUGGCCUGCAACCGAAGAGAGCAGAGAGUGUACACUGUCCCCGUGCUGGAGAGCUAGUGUAAAUUGCACAACGGAGAGAUUGUGUGUGGGAAAAUUAGUGUGCGUGUGUGUGUAAGUGAGAAAGAGAGCGAGAGAGAGAGAGAGAAAGAGAGAAAGGGAUAAGCCAGCUCUGGAAAAUGUUAGGGCGAACGAGUGACUGCACCAACGGAAGCCGCACGGACGUCCAACAGCUGUCACUGGUCGUCCGGGAGCAGUCGGUCAUCGAAGGAGCCACCGAGAUACUGAAGGUUAUCAGACCGGACUGGUGUCGCGACAGCGUGCGCUUUAAGCUCUUUACCGAUGGUAUCACCAACAAGUUGGUCGGAUGUUUUAAGCAAGCGAAGGAAAGCGAUGAUGGCAACGGUACACCCGAACCAGAGGAUGUCGUGCUGAUCCGGGUGUAUGGUAACAAGACGGAUCUGCUUAUCGACCGCUCGAAGGAGAAGGAAAACAUUCAGCUGUUGCAUCGCUACGGUUACGCACCUGCCCUGUACGCCACCUUUGCCAACGGUCUCGCAUACGAGUAUGUACCGGGUGUGACGCUAACACCAGACACUUGUCAGGCCGAUGCCGUUUGGCCACUCGUGGCCCGCCGGAUGGCCCAAAUGCACAAGGUACAACCGGAUGACCCAUCCGCCGCCAACGUUCCCGCACUCUCGUCCAAGACCGACCAGUUCCUACGGCUCGUCCCAAAGUGCUUCACUGACCCGCUCAAAGACGAACGCGUGUGGAAGGUGUUUCCCAGUGUUUCGGAACUGUGCGUUGAGUUUAAUGCGCUGUACGCACGAUUACUCGAAACGGACAGCCCGGUCGUCUUCUGCCAUAACGAUCUUCUGCUUGGGAACGUGAUCUACGACGAGGCGCGUUCGCGCGUCACCUUCAUCGACUACGAGUAUGCGGCUCCGAACCAUCAAGCGUUUGACAUUGGUAAUCACUUUACCGAGUUCGCCGGCAUCGAUGAUAUCGACUAUGGGCGUUAUCCAACACAAGACUUUCAGCGGAGUUGGUUGCGAGUCUACCUCCAGGAGUAUCUCGGUGAAUCGAUCCCGGUAACAGACAGCGCGGUACAGCGGCUGUACGUGCAAGUCAACCAGUACGCACUCGCAUCACACUUCUUUUGGGCAAUAUGGGCCCUCAUACAGGCGGAACACUCAACCAUCGACUUCGAUUUCAUACAGUUCGGUACUACACGCUUUCUUGAGUAUCGUCGACGAAAAGAGGAGUUCUUAGCGCUUCGCUGCAACAACUAAACCGAACCGUUCGUCGUGGACCCUGGAUGAUCUUGUGGAUAUUACUGCACAGAUACCGAACAUAACAGAGACAGCAGGCUGUUUUUAGAUAAGUUCGCGUCAUCCCGUCAUGUUCUACAUGGAUACCAUUAUUCCCUUCCCCGAGGAGCCUCACCACCUACCAGGAGUUUUCACCAUUCCCAAAUCUCUUCGACCCUGCAAUGGCGUGUUGCUUUUAUCACCUUGAAAUUUUUUGUUUUUUUAAAUUAUCCAUGUAACUGCUAUCGUUAAAUUCUCGUUCACAUACUCGAUUUCUAGUGGAAAUGUAACAGUGAGUAGGCUAAUGGAAAACUAAUCUUAUGGUGCUACUGAUGGUGCGAAAGAUUCAUUGCAUAAUGCGCCAUUAAGCGCAGGAUCAUACUGCUGGCUGUUUUCAUUCCAAGCUGUUGGUGUGCCGUUUUGUGCAGUACGGGAAGUCCAAAAUUGUAACAAAAGGAGGCAAAAAAACACACAUUGUAAAUCCUACCGACCUGGAUAGGUGUGUCAUAAGGAUCUUGUUCUUUGUUUUUACUACGUGCAUAAGAAGCAAUAAAUAAGAUAAUUAAAGC